ACAACCAAGAAAGAAAAAAAAAACCUUGCUAGGAAAAUGGAAGAUCAUCAAGAAAAAAGCAAUAUUCAUAUGUAUAGAGGAGUAAGGAAGAGAAAAUGGGGGAAAUGGGUGUCGGAGAUACGCGAACCGGGGAAGAAAACACGAAUAUGGCUAGGAAGUUAUGAGACACCGGAGAUGGCUGCAGCAGCCUAUGAUGUUGCUGCAUUUCAUCUAAAAGGCGAGAGAGCAAGACUCAAUUUCCCCGAAUUAACCGAUAGUUUUCCAAAACCCUCAAGUUCUAAGCCUGAAGAUGUGCAAAUGGCAGCUCAUGAAGCAGCAAUGAGGUUCAAAAGACAAACUCCGGAGCCACCCGAGAGCGGUGGCUGUGGCGGUGGUGGCACGGUGGUUCCGGUGAGGGUAGGUCUAUCGUCGAGUCAAAUUCAGGCGAUUAAUGAGUCGCCGUUGGACUCACCUAAAAUGUGGAUGGAGCUAGCUGGGGCUUUGUUAUUACGAGAUCCUGUUAGAGAGUACACUUGUUCCUCGUAUUCUUUUACCGAUCCUAUGGUAUUGGGUGAAGACAUGGUUGAGUUUGAGGAGUGGGAUGAAAUGCAACAGCAUCAUGAUUCCAUUUGGGAUUUUUAGGUGGAAAAAAAAUUCCAUAUGGCCCCUUUUAGUAUUUAUAUUUUAGCAAAGAUUAUUAGGGGCCAAUUUAAGAAGAAGAAAAAAAAGAGAACAAAAGCUUAACGAAGGUUAUUUAUUUUUUAUUUUCCCCCUUUUCUGCAGAAAUAGAGAUUCUUUUAGAGAAUAUUUGUUAUAUUGUAAUCUUGAGGAGUCCAUGACGAUUUACUAAAUCAAUAGAAAAAAGAUAAUG